AUGUUUCACAAAAAGCACUCAAUAAAGGAGCAGGUGGUUGUGGGCAAGAAAGAGUCAAAAAAGCUUAGAGAUGGUUCAGCUGCCUUGUUGGGAAACGAGCAUUUGGACUCCCUGGAAUCCUUCUGGAAGAAGAAUGAUGCUAUUACUCGCAUCACAUGGGAAUUUUCAACUGGGGGCUUAGCUGCCUUUUAUGUGGUAAACCGGAUUCCGUUGCUGUUCUCUGUUACUUCCUUACCCGGUGUUUUGGAUGGAAUGUUUCCAAGAAAAGAGUUGUCGGUGACGCCUACAUUGUUUUUUCUUUUGCUGUUGAGGAACCACUACAAGAAUGAAGAUAUGGAGAUGAUCUCUGUGUUUGGUCCAAAGGUUUGGUGUAGGGGUGCGACAUCGCAGUAUAUUCUUUCUGGAGCACAUCUUAUGAUGCCCGGUAUCGUGGGUAUUGGUGGAGAAAAUAAUAAAAUCUUACAGGUGGGAGAAACAGUUUUCAUCUGUUCUAUAGGAACACCGUGCCCCUAUGCUAUUGGUUUAUCUACAGAAGGACUUGUAAACGGGGCUACGAGUGGAAAAGGAGUAUAUGUACUUCACUGUUAUAAAGACCUUUUAUGGGAUUCUUACUUUGCUGCAUUUAAUGCCUUUUGUGGUUCACUAUAUCCCGUGCUUCCAUCAACAUUUCGAGACAAAGAAGUUGUUGAGGUUGCCAUGGCGGGAAUAAAAACUGUGAAUGAGGCUUUGGAAGCAAAAGAAAAUCAGGAAACAACAGAAAUUGUACUCGAUGAAGCAUUGAAAGAUUCUGAGUCUUCCAAACGAGAUAUUUUAAUCGAAAACACAUUGAAAAUGCUUGAAGCACAGGAUGGUCUUCUUGAUUUUGCGCUUUGCGAAACCGUUCGGGCUCUCUCUCAGUCUAUGCUUCCUAUGCCCCUCACGGAGUUCUCACCCUUACUCACUUCAAAUUACCCAAGAAUCCCUGGUCUCAAAAUGCAAAUUGAUUUUAAACGAACAACGUAUAAAAAGCUUCUCCCGUAUUUAUUGACGAGAACUGACCUGGUUGUUAUUUCUGAGGAAAAAAAGGGAAAUCAUUUUAUAACCCGAAUAAACAAAUCAAAUGAACUACUAAGACAGCAUCGAAGAAAUUAUUCUGAGUUUUUGCAGACUAUUCAUGAGCCUGCAAAAGAGGAAGAAGCUUUGGAAGCUGAACAGCAAGUAUUUCGAGAUGGUGCGAAAGGGGAAUUUAAGCGUCGUAUUCUAUCCAUUGAAACAUUAUAUUCUCCAAAAAAUGGGGGUGCUAUGGAAUUAAUACGUAUGCUAUGUACAGGAUUCUACUCUGCCCAUCUAGAGCAGAAAUCCUUUGGGAAAAGCCAGCCUCAAACUUCUUCUUUGUUGGCAGAUAACGAGGAUAACAACGAUUUUAUUGAUGAAUUAUAUUCUCGAAAACAUUUAUGUGAUAACCUCCGUAAGUACGUUAAGGCAAAAGGUCUUUUGAAAACCGAAGUCGACUCGAAUGGUCCUCCACUUGUUCUGUUAAAAGACAUUCUUUCGCCUAUUACUAGCGAAUCGAAUAAAUGGAUGCGCAUUACUGAGGUUGAAGAACGCGUUUUUGAGAGUAUGUUUGCACCUGUACAUCAAAUUGCGAUGGAAACGAAACAAGUUGUUAAUGGUGUUGCCACGUCUAUAUCAUUUGUCACAAAGUCUACAAAAAGGGGCAAGUUACCAAAAAUUUUAGUUUUUAUAGAAAAGCGACAAGGAAACAAAAUUGUGACAAUUGUGAGAGGGUUAGAUGCUUAUGGGUUUGAUUUGGCAUCUGUGGCAGCUCAAUGGAAACACCAGUUUUCCACCCUCUGCACCAUAUAUGAUCCAUCCAAGGAGAUGACAAAAGUUAAACAAGGAACCAAGAUUCCAUUAGAACUUCAUCUAGGUGGGGAUUGGGUAGCUAAACUUAAGGUUGUCUUGGGAGAUGAAUUUGGUCUCCCACAGUAUACGUUAAUUUUUCCUGCGAAGUAA